ACCAAACUAUCUUUGACUCCCUACUUGACGAGUGUGACUUUGUCUACCCGAAGGAUAGUUGGAGCCAAAAGAGUUGGGAUGAACUUCUGGUAAGUGACACUGAAGACUCAUCCAUGGGGGAAAGUACGGUCAUAAUCAUCAAACCACAAAUGGAUUGUCAGCCCAUUGAAGACAAGGAAGAAAUCAAUCUUGCUUUGAAGGCCAAUGAUGUGGAUCAACUGAGGAGACUUCCUCCACCACCCACCUAUCUAGAGUCUCCUCCUUAUAUCCUGUUGCCACCAAGCCGCAGGGAUGAGUCAAGGAUCCUGGACCUUGACCGAGCAAUAACGAGGUGGUAUCAGAAGAGAUUCAGGAAGGUGGAAGAGUCCACUUCAUUCAUCUCCAUUGUUGAGCAAGAAGAAGAAGAAACAAGAAGAAGCAUCAAGGUUUCCAAAAUCCUGAGUGAAAAACGCAGCAGCAACUUCGUCGUCAAUUAUAUUCAUUCAAGCAAAGAAAAGAGGAAGAACUUCAACUCCAUUGGUGAAACAAGAAGAAGAAAUCAUCAUUGUUUCUUCAAAAUCCUGGCAGCAGCAAACCGUCACCUUAGAGUAUCGUAGAGAAGACCCGACGUUGGAAGCUUGAAGUUGAUAGAGGUGUCCGUACGUUGAACGUUCGUUGAGGCGUAUACUUUAUUCCUAUCACUUCCGUCUUCAACGUUAUCAAGGUAACGAUACUGGUCAUGGAGCCCAUCCCGGAGGUCAAUGAGAGUGAAGAGAUGUACGGACUGGUGGACCACAUUUCAGAUGCCUUAAUUAAAUAAAUACCUUUUCGGGCGAGUACCCAGAAAAUGUAAAACAAUUUGAUUAUGUUUUAUAUUUAAGCUUCCGCACUGUUUCAGCAAUACUCUGAAUUUAAUAUUUGAAAUUAUCUUUUACGUUAAAUUUUAAAUAGGUUUUAAAUUAUCCUUCAAAUUAUCAUGCGUAUUUACCAUCAUGGUAACUACUCCGGCUCAAAUAAUCUAGGUAAAUGGGU